AACAAUCAAACUGGACAUAUAUAUUUUUUUAAUGUUUUUAGGAAGAGGUUGAGGAAGUCGACAUGCUGGUAACAUUCAGUUAGAAGACGCAGAUAACUGAGAAACUUGUUUUUUUCAGACUCGUGAAAGUGAAAGCAAAGUUGCUGUAGGUUGUUGGAAAAUGGCUUCACGACUAGAGGAGGAUUUCUCCUGUCCUGUGUGCACUGAGAUCUACAAGGACCCUGUGCUCCUGACCUGCUCCCACAGCUUCUGUAAAGUCUGCCUGCAGCAGUUCUGGAACACCAAAGGAUCCAGAGAAUGUCCAGUCUGCAGGAGGAGGUCAUCAAAGAUGGAGCCUCCGAUCAACUUGGCAUUAAGAAACUUGUGUGAGACGUACUUACAGGAGAGGGAGUCACUUACAAGUCAGAGAGGAGCACUGUGUAGUCUCCAUGGUGACCCACUCAGGCUGUUUUGUCAUGAUGAUCAGCAGCUUGUGUGUUACUCGUGUCGAGACUCAAGACUCCACAGGAGUCACCAGUUCAGUCCUGUUGAUGAAGCAGCAGCUGACCAGAAGGAAGAGCUCAAAAUCAAACUAGAUCCCAUGAAAGAGAGGCUGAAGGCUUUUGAAAAAGCAAAACUCACCUGUCAUGAAACAGCUGAACACAUUAUGACUCAGGCCCAGCACACAGAGAAGCAGAUCAAGGAGGAGUUUGAGAAGCUUCACCAGUUUCUACGAGAUGAAGAGGCAGCCAGGAUAGCUGCACUGAGGGAGGAAGAGGAGCAGAAGAGUCAGAUGAUGAAGGAGAAGAUUGAGAAGAUGAGCAGAGAGAUCUCAUCUCUUUCAGACACGAUCAGAGCCAUAGAAGAGCAGAUGGGAGCUGGCGACAUCAUAUUCCUGCAGAACUACAGGAGCACAGUGGAAAGAGCCCAGUGCACACUGCAGGAUCCAGAGAGGGUUUCAGGAGCUCUGAUCAAUGUGGCAAAGCACCUGGGCAACCUGAAGUUCAGAGUCUGGGAGAAGAUGCAGGAGAUUGUUCACUACACUCCUGUGAUUCUGGACCCCAACACUGCAGCUGACUCUCUCGUCCUGUCUGGGGAUCUGACCAGUGUGACCCAGAGUGAGGAGCAGCAGCAGCUUCCUGGUAACCCAGAGAGGUUUGACUUUUAUGCCUGUGUGCUGGGCUCUGAGGGCUUCAACUCAGGCACUCACUGCUGGGACGUGGAGGUUGGGGACAACACACACUGGAUCCUCGGUGUAGUGACCGAGUCCGCCCAGAGGAAGGGGGAAAUAAACGUUGACGAUGGAUACUUCUACGUGGGUCAUAGUAAUGGAGCAUAUAGGUCAUGCUCCACACCAGACGCGCCCUCCUCUCUGUCCGUGACCAAGACACUGCACAAGAUCCGAGUGAGAGUGAACUGGAGAACUGGACAGGUGUCGUUCUCAGACCCGGACAAUAACAACCAUUUGCACACAUUCAAAUGUACGUUCACUGAGAGAGUGUUCCCAUACUUCUCCUCUGGCUCUCCUCUGAAGAUCUUACCAGUCAAGGCCACACUGAGUCUGUCCCAGCACAGGUAGAGCUGCUACUGCUCUAGUUAUCGUCCACAGCAUAAUCAUUAAGGGUGGAGGGAUACUGUGUAUAGUCCAGCACAGGUAGAGGUGCUACUGCUCUAGUCAUCACCCACAGCAUAAUCAUUAAGGGUGGAGGGAUACUGUGUAUAGUCCAGCACAGGUAGAGGUGCUACUGCUCUAGUCAUCACCCACAGCAUAAUCAUUAAGGGUGGAGGGAUACUGUGUAUAGUCCAGCACAGAUAGAGCUGCCACUGCUCUAGUUAUCACCCACAGCAUAAUCAUUAAGGGUGGAGGGAUACUGUGUAUAGUCCAGCACAGGUAGAGCUGCUACUGCUCUAGUCAUCAGCCACAGCAUAAUCAUUAAGGGUGGCAGACUGACAGCAUAAUCAGUAAGGGUGACAGUUUGACAGCAUUAAUGUUAAGGGUGGGAUUCUGACAGCAUAGUUUGCUGUCAGAUACACACUGUGGCCAGAGUUGAAGGCAGGCGCCUGAAAUGGGAAGAGUCAAGCCAAACUUAAUUCAUUAAUGAAAGAUGAUAGAUAAGAAUUUAACUCUUUAAUGUUGCAUGUGAUGAUUUACUCAAUUUCUCUUCACCGGAGAGGUCUCUAGUGGUGGUUAUUGUGUAGCUACACACUCUCCUCUCACCUGUGAGGUUUCCAGUAGAGCAGCAACACAGCACAGGUGCAGCUGGUUCUGCCUCUGUCUGAUCUGAGGUCAGAAAUGCUGGAGAUUAAACAGCACUAAAGAGACUGAGAGCACUGCAGUAAACACAAACUCCUGCAGCUGAACUCUGAUCAUCAUUCACAUGAAAUAAAGACUCAU